CUAACAUAUUUCUUUUUUCGUUUUGAUAAUUGAUAAAUAUUAGCCGCCUUUUUUCUUUUUUUCUUUAUAUUAAUUUUCUUUUGAGUCAAUAAUCCAAUCAUGACUGCCGUACCGAACAUGAAACCGGAAUCCUGCGAUACCUGUCACAGCCCUACUUCUACCAUGACUCGGGAAGACUUGCUCGCACUUGCACGACACGAGUAUGCACGUCAACUAGCUAGAUACACUCGCUCGCAGAUGAAGAAACGAGUUCCCAACAGCGUUGCCGAUACCAGAGAAAAGCAACGCAGGUCGAAUUCCCAUAAUUUCCGUCAUGCUGGUGAUUCCACUCCUAUUGAAAUAUAAAUAAUCACGGCUUUUUCUCAUGCACUCCAUUUGUUCCUUUUGAAUAAUCUUUGUGCCUUGUACAUACUUGUUUUAUUUAGAUUGUAAAUUUUUUGAACCCCAAAAAGAAGUUUUUCCACCUUUUGCUGACAAAAAGUAAUAAGAAAGAUUUUAUAAAGAAUUUUUGUAAAUGAAAUAAAAGAAAAUAUGAA